CUUCACGGCCUCCGCGGCCCCGCAGCCGCCGCCGCCCCCGCCGCCGCCGCCGCCGCAACCCCAGCCUCCCCAGCAGCCGUCGCCGCCGCCACAGCAGCCGCCGCCGCCGCCGCCGCAGCCGCCGCAGCAGCAGCAGCCGCCGCCCCAGGCCCCCCCCAUGGAGCCCGAGGCCCCGGAUUCCCGCAAGAGGCCCCUCGAAACGCCCCCCGAGGUGGUCUGCACCAAGCGCAGCAACACGGGAGAGGAAGGCGAAUACUUCCUGAAGGUGCUGAUCCCCAGCUACGCGGCAGGCUCCAUCAUUGGCAAGGGCGGGCAGACCAUCGUGCAGCUGCAGAAGGAGACAGGAGCCACCAUCAAGCUCUCUAAGUCCAAAGACUUCUAUCCGGGAACCACAGAACGAGUAUGCCUGGUACAGGGCACAGCAGAGGCCUUGAAUGCUGUGCACAGCUUUAUUGCUGAGAAGGUCCGAGAAAUCCCACAAGCAAUGACCAAGCCUGAGGUGGUCAACAUCCUUCAACCCCAAACCACGAUGAACCCUGACAGAGCCAAGCAGGCCAAGCUGAUCGUCCCCAACAGCACCGCGGGCCUGAUCAUCGGCAAGGGGGGCGCCACAGUGAAAGCCGUGAUGGAACAGUCGGGUGCCUGGGUGCAGCUGUCGCAGAAGCCAGAGGGUAUCAACCUUCAGGAGCGAGUGGUGACCGUCAGCGGCGAACCGGAGCAGGUGCACAAGGCCGUGAGCGCCAUCGUGCAGAAGGUACAGGAAGACCCCCAGAGCAGCAGCUGCCUCAACAUCAGCUACGCCAACGUGGCUGGCCCCGUGGCCAACUCCAACCCCACCGGCUCACCGUACGCCAGCCCCGCCGACGUGCUGCCCGCCGCCGCCGCCGCCUCGGCCGCCGCCGCCUCCGGCCUGCUGGGCCCCGCGGGGCUGGCGGGCGUGGGCGCCUUCCCCGCCGCCCUGCCGGCCUUCUCGGGCACCGACCUGCUGGCCAUCAGCACGGCGCUUAACACGCUGGCCAGUUACGGCUACAACACCAACUCCCUCGGCCUGGGCCUCAACUCGGCCGCGGCCUCCGGGGUCCUGGCCGCCGUGGCCGCUGGUGCCAACCCCGCCGCCGCCGCCGCCGCCAACCUCCUGGCGUCCUACGCGGGGGAGGCCGGGGCCGGGCCCGCCGGAGGGGCCGCCCCGCCGCCGCCGCCGCCCCCCGGGGCCCUGGGCUCCUUCGCCUUGGCCGCCGCCGCCAACGGCUACCUCGGGGCCGGGGCGGGCGGCGGGGCGGGCGGCGGGGGUGGCCCGCUGGUGGCCGCCGCAGCCGCAGCCGGGGCGGCGGGGGGCUUCCUGACGGCGGAGAAGCUGGCCGCCGAGAGUGCCAAGGAGCUGGUGGAGAUUGCGGUGCCUGAGAACCUGGUGGGGGCCAUCCUGGGCAAAGGGGGCAAGACGUUGGUGGAGUACCAGGAGCUGACAGGCGCCCGCAUCCAGAUCUCCAAGAAGGGAGAGUUCCUGCCGGGCACGCGGAACCGGCGGGUCACCAUCACGGGCAGCCCUGCGGCCACGCAAGCCGCUCAAUACCUCAUCAGCCAGCGGGUCACCUACGAGCAGGGAGUGAGGGCCUCAAACCCCCAGAAAGUGGGAUGAGGCCUGUGGUGUGUGCUCCCACCCUCCUCCUGCCCCUCCUCCUCCUCUUCCUUCUCCUCCCCUCCCCCGCCCCCCCAACCCCAACUCCUGACCUCAGCUGGGGUGUCCUGCUCCUCCUCGUGGGAUGGGGCUGGGUAGGCCUGACUGCACCCCCCCUUCUGGUAGUCAUAGGCAGGAUUGAGUGAUGGCUGGGGAUGGGGCCCAGAAGCUCCCUCCCCAGCUCUGAACUGACUCCUUCUUCUUCCUCCCUAUGCUUGACUGGGGCCUGACCCUCCUCUCCCAGGGCCCGGGUCUGUGUGAUAUCUGUAUAUAUUGCAUUUUGUUGAUUUUAAUAGAAAACAAAGCGUUAUUUUCUCUUUCUUUCCCUCCUUUUUUUUUUCUUUUUUCUUUUUUUUUUCCUUUCCUUAUUAUUUUUUCUUUUUUUCUUUUCCCCAUUUUUUUUUUUUGGUAAGGAUUCCCCCCCCCCCUUUGUAAGUUUUAAUUUCCAUAUGGGAGGAGGGGAGGGAGCCUCUGGGCCACCUAGAAUGAGGGGCCUCCCCUAAACAACACCCCACCUCUUCUGCUUUCAGUUCCAGAUCUGGGAGAAGGGAUGGGAGUAGAGGUAGCAGAGGAGUCUGAGCUGAAAUGGGGUAUUUGGAGCAGGGACCCCAGAGUUUCCAGAUUUGCUCAGCGACUCUACCCCUUUUGGAGUUGCCUCUCCGAGGUGGGGCUGAUCACUGUUUUGUUGUCAGGUCAUAUGGGGUGAGGGUGUGCAGUGCUGCUGGGAAUGAGGCCAGCUCUGGGAUUGGUCCAGUCCUGUGGGCAAGACUCUUGUGAGAAGCCAGAACAACUUCCUGUGGCAUCUUCUAUGGUUUUACCUAGAGUAAUGGGAGUGAAGGUCCCUGUUGGGAUGUCACAGUGUCAAGUACUUUUCUGGGGUGCCACUGGCACUCCUUACGAUGUCACAGGAAAUAGUUCCCCAGAGGUCACUUCCUGUGAUGAUAGGACAGACAGGUACUUCCUAUGAUGUCUCAAUGGGCCUUCCUCGAAGGUUAUUUCAACGACAUCAUGGGGGCAUGUACUUCCUGUGGUAUCUCCAGGUUAUUUCCUGUGACAUCAUUGGGAUGGAGCAUGCACUUCCUGAAUUGGGCCAUGGCCAGUCACUGACUCUCUUCUUCACCCGCACCCCUCUCUGGUGGGUCUUGGCCUGGAGGGUCUGCCUAGGAAGAGAAUAAGGGGUGGGACUUGGAAUCAUAUCUGGAGGACUCUAAGGAAAAAGACCCAAUAUUGUCAGGGUCAUCUCUAUCCAAAUACACCAAGUCUGUGAACUCACCUGGCAGGGAGGGGUGGGAGACGGAGCUAGUGAAAACUGUUAAGACCCCCAUUCCCACCCCCGCCUUUCGUGUGCAUGCUUGUGUCUGCGUGGCUUUGUUCCAUUGAGUCUGGUGAGCCAAAUGUGUGGUGGCUCUGUUAGGCCACCAUGACCCAGUGUAGAGUUCAGUGAGCCACACGGUAGGGUCCCUUGAGCUGGAAUGCUUCGUGUGGUCUGAUAGAUUAGAUUGGCUUGUGGUUUCUAGCAAGCUGGAGUACUUUGAUAGUAUCCGAGGGAUCAGAAUGUUUUGGUGCUCUUGCCAUGGGCCCUGAGGAGCUAGAAUGUUCUAGCAAUGGAGUCUGCCAAGCCAGGCAGCCCUGAGAGUUGGUUUGGGAGUGGCUCCCUGAGCACUGUGGCUGUGGUCAGCUCUAAGACCUUGUUGGCAGGCUGAGAUUUCAGGGCCUGACAACCCUAUGGACUUAGAAUAGCUGAGACCCACCUCUACCCUCAUCCAUCUCCCCCUCCCCCUUGGAGACCACCUCCACUUCCUCCAACCCAAAGCAGGGCCCCCAGUGCCCUGGUUCCAUCAUCAGCAUCUCUGGGGGAGGGGCACCCCCAUGCCCACCCUCUCCCCCGUUUGUCCCCCUCCUAGGUCUUCCAGACCCUUCUCUACUCCAUGGCUUUGGGGGAAUCAGGCCUCCUCGUCUCUCUCCCACAAAGGGAGAGAAGAAAAGCCAGAGACAAUUCCUACCCCUAAAG